AUGACAGCGCGUGUGGCUGCAGCUGUGGCGCUGGGAUCUCUUGGUGCCUCUGCGAAGGAAGUCUUCACCGACAACCCGGUCUGCCUUCAGAAUAACUGCAUCAAUCCAGUGUUUCCUGGUCUGGAAGACCUUUAUAGACUCAGCAACUCCACCAAGUGGUACUGUACAACCAUGGAGGACACGGCACUCUCCAUCGGUUUCUGCAAGGGGGCCGUGGACUACGACAUUGCCGUGCCUGAACCUCAGAGUGCCGAGGAGAAGAGCGUGGCGGCUUUGGUCCGAAAGCAGGACCGCGCGGCCAACACCGCCUACUUCACUCACUUGAAUGGUCUGGGAAAGGAUGCCUGGGACUAUCCCAACCCCAAGGAGGCAGACGAUUGCAUCCAGGCCAUUUGGAAGAUGGUUUGCUACACUUACUUCCCCCGUGCAAAGGCAGGCUGUGCGCGCGGCAGCGAGACAGCAUACAUCCGGCCUUGCAUGAGCUCAUGCCAGAACUACGUGAAGGCCUGCGCAGUGGAGUGCUGCGAUGAGUCGGUGCAGUGCGUUUUUCACCACACGAAGCCCAUCACCAAGACAACGGUCCUCGCAACUUCCGGCUACGAGCCACAUGACGGGCCCUCCACCUUCUGCACCGGAGCUGCUCACCGUUCCUGUGGCCCUGGAGUCGCAAUGUUGCUGGCACUGAUGGGCUUCGGAUCGGACUUCAAGCACAGUUCCCGCGUCUUCGUCCUGGCCUUGGUCCUGGCACCCCUGGCCAUGUUGCUGCAAGGUUGCGAUGCCGUUGGGAUUCACACCGUGGGCAACUGGCGGCAGCAGGAUGACUACCUUGUCACGUAUCAAUUCGUGCCUCCGGGUGCAUCCUCGAGGGAAGCUGUGCUCAACUCGUGCUCCUUACCAGGACUGUCCCCGACGCUGCAGUGCAGUGGACAUGGCGGCUGCCAUUCUUGGGAGAAGACGUCUGACAGCAACCCCACCCCCUUCUGCAAGUGCGAUCCCCAGUGGGCGGACCCAGAGUGCCGCACGAAGCGGAAGUCUCAGACCACGGCGUACUUCCUGGCCGUGUUCCUGGGGGUGGUGGGCGCCGACCGCUUCUACCUCGAGCUCACGCUCUCCGCGUGGCUCAAGCUGGUCCUGCUUGGCGGGCUCAGCAUCUUCUGGGUCACCGAGGUUCUGAUCACUGGCUCCGCGCCCGUGAACCUUUCGCACGACCUGCGCAGCUGGUCUGGCGUUUGCAAGGUCCUCGUGUUCUUCGGCCUUUCCAGUUGGUACUUCAUCGAUAUCAUGCGCACCGGAUCCGCCCCGACGGAAACAUCCGGCUUCAAGACGGCCCCGGACUUCCCGCGCCAGGUUUUUGUGGCCUGCACGGUGUUUCUGGCGAUGCUUGCUGGAUUCUUCUGGGCUUACUGGAGCGUGGCCAGUGAUGUGGCAGCCAAGCGGCGCAGCCUUUGGCUGAUGCAGGGCACUUCUGAGCCCUCAUCGCGCGACAGCGCAAAGGCAAGAUCCGUGUACGGCUCCCUUUGA